AUGGAAUGGCCGUAUGUGGCUGGAUGGAGACCAAUAUAACCUGAAUUGGACGAAUUCGACUGGAGUAGGAAUUGUAUAUCAAUACCCAAUACUCGUUACCUCCGGAUACAGGGCAACAAACAGAAAGGGAAGUUCAUGUAAUACGGGGAGUGUAAAAAUACACGGAUAAAUCCAAGGCCCAAUGAUGAAUGCCCACACCCCCGGGUUUUUUAGGCCCGACCUUAUUUUGCGAUCACGACUUUUGUUCCUCUUCAAACCCCUUAAUGUAUGUUCAGGAGAUCGCUCGAGAAUCUAAGAGAUGGAGUACCCAUACUAUCCCAAUCCCCAAUCCCAACCGUUCUCUUUAUACAACUUGCAAGGAGCGCCGCCCCUUGGUCAGAACGACGAUGACAACCACCAUCGAAACCCACAGACCGAUGACAUCCAGGAUACUCUCGCCUCGUUGACUUAUCAGUCCUUCGACCCCUCGUUUCGCUUCCAGAACCCCGCCGCAUCGUUCGGACAUCCGCCACACUCUCCACCCGAGUCAUUCUCGAAGCAUUCCGCCUCUGGCAGUGAUAUCUUCGGCCAACCGACCGAGCCGACGUCGUUAGAUGGAGAACCAGGCUUCGGUCGGAGUAGUAGCGAGGAAAAGGAGUCUAUGACUCCGGCGCAAUCGAAGCGCAAGGCCCAGAACAGAGCAGCUCAACGCGCGUUUCGUGAACGAAAGGAGCGACAUGUGCGAGAGUUAGAGGAAAAGGUUAACAACCUGGAGCAAGCAUCAUCCAACUUAGUGGCAGAUAACGAACGCUUGAAGCGAGAGUUAGCCCGGUUUACAACAGAGAAUGAGAUCCUGCGGGCAACUUCGGGCUCCGGUGGAACACAUAACCACUCAGAUGAGCCAACCACGACAGGGCCGUUGAAAUAUACGCCCACAGAUUUUUACUCCGAGCUGGUGCCAAAGGGCGAAUCAUCCCGUCUCCAUCGAGUGUCAACCUGUGCGAAGACAGGGGAGAAAUUACUCGGUGCCGGCGCUACGUGGGACCUAAUCCAAGGGCAUGAGCUAUUCAAGCGCGGUUUAGUAGACAUCAAAGAUGUCUCGGAACGACUGAAGAACAUAACUCAGUGUGAUGGACAAGGCCCUGCUUUCCCCGAGGCCGAGGUGCUCAAGGCGCUCGAAGCAAGCGCGGCUGCUAAUGAUGAUGACCUUCUCUGAGUUUUGAAAUCUACGAUGUGACGUUUGCUCUUUCGAAUCUGGGUACGGUGUGUUUAUGGCGCUAGUUGAUUGGCGUAUUCGGUUUAGGGUCAUAAUGAUUGUUAUAUCACUUCCUACUGGAAUUUGGGAGAUUUCUUAUAAAUAGAAUACGAGGAACUGUGUUACUGAUGCUAAAAAUGACCACUACUGAGGCCGUUUACGGCUGCAUUUCCC